AUGGCAGCUCUUGGCGGCUCGCGAAAUGCAGACCAAACCGUAGAACUUGGAUCAAAAUGGAAAUGGUGUGGCAUGGAGACACGUUGCGCCCCCGAAGAAAUUCCAAUGCAUUUUUUUACUGGUGAAAGUAAGGACGACUCACCGCGGAUGUGUGUCGGUGGUUAUAUGGUUUUCGAUCGCGGCUUGAACAACGCUGGACGCGGUUUGAAUGUAGUCUCAGUUGAACCAAAAACAGGAAGGGUUUCGUCUGUGGCGCACUUUGACACCUACGAGGAUGCUUAUUCAUUUGCAGACUCAUCGAAACUUGAAGAAUGGCUGGAAAAUGUGCCGUUGGGAAACAUAAUGGCUGUUGUGAGCUUCGAUGAGGCAUCUAAUAUGUUAUCCGAUAUGGCCAAGCGAAUCUUUUACGAAAUGGGAUCCAGCAUGAUUCAACGUUUGAAAUUUCGUGCUUCCUGGUAUUUCGUUGGCCACAAAGGACUAGCAGCUUACAGUCCAUUCGAAGACCUAAACAUACCUACUGGCAAUGCGUGGGCAAAACCAAUCAAAACAUCUAUCUGCUUGCCAAAAAAACGUGCUUUCAAAAGCAAAGGAAAGCCUGGAAUCUCUCUGAGGCCGCAUAAUCUCCCUCGGCGUCACUUCUGUUUAAAGCACGAUGGGCACCGAGAAUUCUGUGACGGUAUGUUU